CCUGGAAGCCGCCGGAUCGCUCUGCUUCCGAGUCCCGAACGCCUCUUGCCGCCGCCUCCUUGGUCGGCAAGGCAGCUAACCUUACAUAUAACCCGGAUUUGUCCUCACAGAGACCAGCCCUAAUUUUCCGAUCUGUUUCAAGGUCGCCAUGGCUGUCGCCGCCUUCCCAAACUGGCUGAUGCUGGAGCGUUUCGUCUUCCGCAGGGACGACGAGGGGUCUUUUCCGGACAACACCAAGGCACCCAUCCGGGCGUCCGGCACGACCUCCUGGAACGCUCCCUUCCGCAUCGCCUUCUGCCUCGCCGAGCCCCCGCUUCCCUCCCGCCUCUACGCCCAGUUGCCACGUUUUCCAGAUCCGAGGAAGCAUAUUCCCUUAGCCAUCAUGGCGACCCACCGCCAUCUCCUCCUGCUUCGUAUCGCCACCAAUACCCCUGCACUAGGGCUGGUGCAGGACUUCCUUGUCUACAACGCCUACGACCCUUCCUCGCUCAAAGCUCUCCAACCUUGUACCGAGCCGUACACGGAUUAUACCCGCACGGGUGACAACCUACCUCGUGGUCCUCCCCUCCAGGAAGGGAAGCAGCGCCUACUGACGGUCAAAUCCAUGGGCCUCUUGUGCCGAGGCGAAGACGAGCAAGAGUUUGCGGUGGCAGAGCUCCUCGUUUUUAAGGACAUCCACUCUAAGGUCUAUGCUGACAUCUGUUUGCUACGCUCCUCCACAUCAGCUGGCCCCGUACUUGGCGGCACUUGGAACUCCAUGCGUCUACCAAUCCUUGGCAUCGACAAUGUCAAUGAUCCUUGGCACCUCUGUUGCUGGGACACCGACACCGUCGUUCCCUUCAACCGCUCGCUUUGCUGGAUCGACUACCACCGAGGCAUCCUCAUCUGUGACGUCUUCGGAGACCCCAUCCCUACCGUAUCUUUCCUCGCGUUCCCCCUUGAUGAGUUCCCUUCUGCUCACACUCACAAUCAAAUCAAGCCAUCCAGCUGGUUAUACCGGGGUGUGUCCGCCAUCGAUGACGACGGUGUGCUCAAGUUUGUGAAUGUCACUCGUCAUGAUGGCAUUGGUCAUGGAGAACUCAAAUCUGGGUCAGGCUUCACCAUCACUUGCCACACUCUCACAUUAGGUAGCAUGGUGUGGGAAUUAGAGUACAAGAUCACUUCGGCUGAGCUCUGGUCUUCCAAUCCGCACCUUCCACACACAAUCCUCAUGUUUCCUCAAGUAAAUGUCGACAGGCCAUAUGUAGUGCACUUUCUCAUCAGCGAAUUCAAAUACGUCAUCAGGAAGAUGUGGGUGGUUAGCAUUGAUAUGAGCACCAGGACUGUGGAGUCAAUUUCCCAAUACAUCAAUGGGAAGGACGGCCUUAAAACCGAUGAUGCUGACUUCACCAGAAGAAAGUCUGGCGCUCCCACGUCCUUCCUCCCCUGUGAAUUCUCUAGGUUCCUUCGUCUCUCCAGAAGAAACGAGGAUAUGGAAUGACUCACGGUCUGCAGAUCAAGUUCAACUACAAUAAUGAGAGCAAGGAUAUGGAAUGACGUCUGCCAACUUCAUCAUACUGGAUAGCUUACUGUCUACUACAGUUCAGGUGCAACUACAAUAAUUGCAAGGAUGAAGCUUUGGGAGAGACUACUCAUACGCAACUUAUGUAGCUCACCGUUAUCUUGAUGUCUGUGAGGAUUCUAAUCUAAUAUAAUGUAUUAAUGUACUAUCGUCCGUCCUCUAAAUUUGCGUCAUUUCUUUUAUUGUUUGCCUUUGGACAGCCUUGGCUGCUUGCAAAAGACUAUUAAAAGUUAGCUGAAGUAUGCGAUCGUUAUUUCUGAAA